AUGGUUACCUCAGUGGGACACCAUCAGGCUGCCCAUGUGCAGUCGUCGGCCCAGCUUCCAACGUUCCUCUAUAAGAGCACCCAAGACCGAAACAAAUUCUUCGCCCAUGGUAAGUCGGCGGGAUACAGCCCGAGUUUCUCCUGGCUGUUAAAAGUAUUACAAUCCCAAGUCCAAAAAUGUCAAACAAGCCGGGGUUGCAUUAUCGAGGUAAUUUUGAGCUUUUUUAUAUUGUAGUAGGAACUAAAAAAAUGAAAACAUUUUGUUAAAAAUGUAUAACUAAUGGAUUUCAGAGAGCAUGACAGGAGAUGUCGGAGUGAUUGGCCAUAUUUUAACUGCAGUCUCCUACCUGUUAUGCAUAGUUACUCUUCCCAUUUCCGCUUGUUUUUGUAUAAAGGUAAGCUUAUUUUAUUUUUUUUAAAUAUGCUGUGCACUUCUUUGUAAUGUAUGACGACUAACUUUCAGGUUGUCCAAGAAUACGAGCGAGCAGUUAUCUUCAGACUUGGACGACUAGUCCCCGGAGGCGCCAAAGGCCCUGGAAUCUUUUUCAUUUGUCCAUGCAUCGAUACAUAUCGCAAAGUUGAUCUCAGAGUGUUAUCUUUCGGUGUGCCACCGCAGGAGGUAAGGAAGAAAUAUCUUUUUCAAUCGAUUAUCCCCGACCAAAAAAUUGGUUACUUUGCCAAACCCCCACAAAUUUAUCUUCACUUUUUUCUUCAGAUUCUCAGCAAAGACUCCGUGACAGUAGCGGUAGACGUCGUCGUCUAUUUCCGUGUCUCCGACGCCACAAUUUCCGUCACAAACAUUGAGGAUUCCUCCCAAUCCACAAAACUUUUGGCACAAACUACUUUGCGAAACGUUCUGGGCACAAAAACGUUGGCUGAAAUGCUCAGCGAUAGAGAAAUGAUCAGUCUCCAGAUGCAGAGCACUUUGGAUGAGGCCACAUUACCCUGGGGGAUCAAAGUGGAAAGGGUUGAAAUGAAAGAUGUUAGGCUUCCAGUCCAACUUCAGCGAGCUAUGGCGGCUGAAGCCGAAGCCUCAAGAGACGCUAGGGCUAAGGUACUGAAUUUUGAAGACAUGUUCUAUCAAUCUAUCGCUAUUUUUUGACAAGUAUACAGCUAUACAGUCAUUCACAUACAUCAAUAUAUUAUACAUGACUUAGAUGAUUAAAAUCUCAAUUAUUUUCAGGUCAUUGCAGCCACUGGAGAGAGGAAUGCAUCCCAAGCCUUGAGCGAUGCCGCAUUGGUUCUAGCCGAGUCUCCAACCGCAGUACAGCUGCGGUAUCUACAGACUUUGAACUCGAUAAGUUCAGAGAAGAAUAAAACAAUAAUCUUCCCCUUCCCGAUCGAAAUGAUCAAAGCAAUUGGAAGAAUGGGAAGGUAGGAUAAACCUCAUAGCAUAACAGAAGUUUAAAAUUCGUAUUAGUCGCAUUUAACCCAGGGUAAUACCUUUAAUUAACCCUUUAUAUUAUUAUAGCCGAUUGCAAUACUAAAUAAGAUAAUUUUCGGUAAAAACAUUGCAAAUAAGUAAGCAAAAACUUGAAUCCAGACGUUGAGAGUCUCAAUUCUCUCUGAUGCCAUUAUUUUUCAGGAAAAAGAAGCCGUCAGCAAUGGAUGCCAAACGAGAUUAA